CAAUUUUUAGCUUUAGACACUUCCAAUAAUGAAUUUAAUGAGAAAGAAAAGGUCAUCAAUAUCCUCAAUGAGAUCAUUGACAUCAAAGAAAAACUAAAAGCUAAGCAAAUGAUGAGAAACAAAGAUUUCAGACUGGAGACUGAAGCUGCAGCGGUCAAGUUCAAGAAAGAUUUAGAGGAGAAAAACAUAUCAGGGCCUUUCUUUGGGGAGACAUCAGAAAUGCUCCGUAACAAGAUUCUAAUUGCUUCAAGCUACAUAAUGAAGCACCCAGAAGGUAUCACAGAGGAAGAAAUAAGAGAGGUGUUCUCUGACUCAAAUUUGAACCUCGUCCUCAAAAACAUCGAACAAGAAUCCAAAAAGGCAGCUGAAAAAGCAGAGAGUUACUAUAAAGAGAAAGAAAAUGAGCAAGAAGGAGAAGAAAAUUUUGAAGAAGAGAAAAUUGAUAGCGAUGAUGACCUUGACUCCUGGGCAGCUGAACGUGGCCAUGCCCAGAAACAACUCAGCACAGUGGAAACCCAGAUUAAGAACCUCACUGAAGACUAUGUCCAGAGAUGUAUCAUAAAGAAGAAGCAGCUCAUGAUUGAAGAGUGUAACAGAGUGCUAGGAAAACUUGGAUAUUCGGAAUUAUAGAGACAACUUUCCCAAAGAUGAACCAUUCAUUAUUUGCAAAUAGAGAGUUUAUCUUUAUCACUGGAGGAAGUCAUAACGAUGGAGAAGAUAGAUCAUUUGAGAUCCUGAGUUUAGCAAAUGACACGCUUUUCAGAGGUCCUGAUUUGAUCCAAAACAGAAGUCAUCAUGCUUCUUUUGUUAUGGAUAACUACCUAUACGUAAUGUUUGGAUCGGUUCUCAACUCUUGUUCCCCUUCAAUGAGUUAUGAAAAGAUAGAGAUCCCAACAGUCGGGUGUCAGGAAACACUAGAAGAUUUUUAUAAAUAACAGGAGGUGGAAGAGCAAGAAUAUUCCUGACCUUGAAACUCAUCCAAUCUUCAAAGUGUACAACAAUUUCAAAACAUUUGAGAAUGAAGUUUACUGCUUUGGGGUUGUCGAGGGUAACGGCCUCACACCAGUCAAUACUAUCAUGAAGGUCACUCAGAACGUAACCAAGGAUGGUCUCAACAUUCAAGAGACCGAAUAUGAUGAAACCUUGGAUGAACUAGAAGAUAGAGAUGGCUUUUCAACUAGAUUCCAUAAAUUAGACAUUUUUACAGAAACCAUCAACGUACCAUUUACCUUUAGAAGUGAAGCAUAUUUGCCUGUGAGUAUUUGGAACCAAAAACAUUUGACUCGCUGGAGUGAAGACAAACAUCAGUUCAUUUAGUCAAUAACCGCUUCAAUGUCAGAAAUCAAUUUA